AUGUUACUGCCACGUUUACUAGCAUCAUUUGCCACAAUCAACUUGAUUCAAGCUUACUACGUCCCAGCCAAUGGAGAAGAUUGGACAAGGUACAAACCAACUUGUGAUUACUUACCAGGAAGUUUUACCAGCUUGCCUUUCAAAUUUGGAAUUGUUGUGAAUCCUUACACUGUCACCAAUGAUGGGGAGUUGAUAGAACCAGAGGUUAAAUCAAUCGAAAGAAGUAUUACCACUAGUUUUGUUACAUCUGUUAUUACACCAGCUCCGAAGGAAACCAAGACUAAAGACAUUAUUGUUCAAAUUACUGAUGGCCAAGUUCAAAAAGUGAAUGAAGAGUCGUGUGAUCCAGAAGAGAAGAAGAAGCCAUUGGAUAAGGAACAUCAUUACCAUGAUGGGUAUUCAAGUGACAGAUAUGAUGAACAUGGAGAUGGAUACUUUGAUAAUGACAAGACUGACAAGAGUGACUAUUAUGACAAGGAUGGAAAAUUUGGUGGACGCAAACAUUUUGAAGAUGUCAACAAGGAUAAUAAUUUUGAUAAUGAGGGAGAUUUUGACAGAGAAACGGUCUUAUCAAAGAGAGACGAGUUGGAUAACGAGAUUUCUCAUGAUAUUGGCGGUGAUGUCAAGGACAAGUCAUUUGACAAACAUUCGAAACACUACAAAGGCAAACACGGAUUUGACGAUUAUGAUUCUGACAAUAAUUUGAAUUUCGAAAAAGGCGAAAACGAUCAUGACUACUACGACGAACACGAUAGAUCCAAAGAGCAUGAGAGCCAUGAAAAAUCAUAUGCUGAACAUAGAGAUUUCAAAGAGCGUGGUCGUAAUAACAACUACCACAAGAAUCAUAAAGCUCGCAAGGGCGAGAAAGAGCAUGAAGGAAAGCACGACUACUCCAAUGAUGAUGGUUUUGAAUCUCCCGUUUAUUCAGUCGCCUGUUACACGAACGCCACUUUACGUAUGUCAUUACACGAUUCGAUUUUGAGAGAUUCAGACGACAGAAUUGGAUGUAUUGUAUCCGGCCAUCAAUUCCAAUUUGAUGGUCCUACUCCUCAACAUGGUGCUGUUUUUGCUGCAGGUUGGUCAGUCACUAAAGAUGGUCAAUUGGCUUUGGGUAACUCGACAAAAUUCUACCAAUGUGCUUCUGGCCACUUUUACAAUUUAUACGAUCAAUCCAUUGGUUUCCAAUGCCACCCAGUCACUUUGGAUGUGGUUGAGUUGAUCGAAUGUUAA